AUGCCUCCCAAGAAGUCAGUUGCCCGCCGCGAGCCGGGCAUACCCGCCAUUCCAGAUGACUCCUCGUUCACCCCCGAGAGUUUCGAGCGGGAGCUCAAGUCCCUCGCCGCCAAGGCCAAGGAGGACACUUGGGCCCGCGCUGCCGUCCACGAGACACUGAUCUACGGCCGCGUCGUGGUGCUCCUCACACUGGCUGCUGCAUCGGCCAACGCCUCCCUCGCAUCACUCUCUCCCGUUUACGGUGCCAUCCCCGCAGGCCUCUACCACUCGGUGCUGGUCGCGUCCGCCCUGUUCGUUGGGUGGUCGUCCAACCUGUACCUGCGGCGCCUGCUGCCAGACAGUAUCCCGGUGUCCAUCUGCCUCCCCUUGAUCGCCACCUACGUGCCUUUUAUACACUACACGCUGUCUAGCGGCUACUACAGCGUCAGCACAUGGUUUGGGGCACGCUGGGGUCCCGUCUUUGUCGAGGCGGUGACCCUUUUCCCGCUGCUGGUCGCGACGGCCGCGUGUGUCGCUACAGAUCUUGAAGCGGCCUCGGGCGUGGAUGACUUGGUACGCUUGCCGCGCUGGCUGGCUGAUGCGCUGCCCGGGAUUGGCUCGUGGUCCUUCUUCCGCUUUGCCCAAGGCGCGACAGCCGUUGCCGGCACCGUUUCGUCGACGGCACCUGCCGCUCUGUCGUGGCUGUCCACACGCGUGGCCAGCCAGCUCGCGAUUGCGAUUGGUUACGGGUCUGUGGUGCGGCCGUCGCGCAUGAUGAUCUUUGCGAUCCCGCCCUUUUUGCACACCCUGAUUAUGAACUCGCACCUUGCCGCCAGCCCCUGGGCCCUGGGUGCAACCAACAAUGGGCUGCGUCCCGACGGCUGGGUCGUCCUUGACCGGCGCGAGUCCGUCACGGGCUACGUGUCCGUCGUCGAGAAUCUGUCGCAGGGGUUCCGUGUGUUGCGCUGCGACCACAGCUUGCUGGGCGGCGAAUGGACGCGGUUCCCGGCAAAUCCGGUGGCCGAGCCCAUCUAUGGCGUCUUUGUGAUGCUCGAAGCCGUGCGGUUGGUCCAAGUGCCCGGCAAGGUGGAGCAAGAUACUGACGCCAAGGCUCUUGUCGUCGGUCUCGGGAUCGGCACGGCGCCCGCGGCAUUUGUCGCCCAUGGAAUCGACACAACAGUGGUCGAAAUCGAUCCGGCUGUACAUGAUUUCGCGAGCCGCUACUUCCAUCUUCCAGCAAACCACACGGCCGUGCUGGAGGAUGCGGUUGCAUACGCCGACCGGUUGGUGGCAGAACAGGGCACCGAGAACGGCCAGUUUGACUACAUUGUACACGACGUGUUUACCGGAGGCGCCGAGCCUAUUUCCCUGUUUACUCUCGAGUUUUUGCAGAAUCUACACACCCUUCUGAAGCCGUCGGGCGUUGUUGCUAUUAACUAUGCUGGCGACUUUGCAUUGACACCCAUCAAGGCCGUUGUGCUCACCAUCCGCACGGUGUUCCCAGCGUGUCGUAUUUUCCGCGAACACCCGCAAGAUGCUGACAGCACGGGUGCCGACUUUGCCAACGUCGUCAUUUUUUGCACAAAGAACGGGGAGCGGGAUUCUGAUAUCCAGUUCCGGGCGCCGCGGAAAGCAGAUUUGCUAAACAGCGAAACCCGCAAGCACUUUCUUGUGCCACAAUACGAGGUGGUGGACACCGAUUUCCGGUCGACGGAAGAGGCUCGCAUCGUACGGCGUAACGACACCGAGCAGCUUGCAGAAUGGCACGCUGAAAGUGCUCUGGGCCAUUGGGCAGUGAUGCGUCGGGUUGUGCCCGCCAAAGUGUGGGAGAUGUGGUAA